UUCUGGUCUCAGGAGCAGUUCGGUGGCCAGGAUGAUGAACGCGGACAUGGACGCAGUUGAUGCUGAAAAUCAGGUGGAACUGGAGGAAAAAACACGACUUAUUAAUCAAGUGUUGGAACUCCAACACACACUUGAAGAUCUCUUAGCAAGAGUAGGUGCAGUUAAGAAAGAAAAUCUGAAGCUAAAAUCAGAGAACCAAGUUCUUGGACAAUAUAUAGAAAACCUCAUGUCUGCUUCUAGUGUUUUCCAAACAACUGACACGAAAAGCAAAAGAAAGUAAGGGAUUGAGUUCCCUUCUCGUUUAUGGCUCUCUCCCUUUCCCUCUCUUCUUCCCUUCCCGCUCCCUCCUUCUCUUCUCCCUUUAAAACUUGGGUAGAUUCCAAAA